UGAGAAUCCUGCACCUUGUCUGAUAUCAGACAUGAAUCGAAAAUGAACCUUCACCUCUGCCUUCGCUGCCGUACUCCAGGUCACCACACCGCUCAAUGCAGUCACUGGCAUGAUGACCACAAACCAUCCACCCGUUUGGGGGAGGAAGCAUUUUUGAGAAGAUUGCAAACAACAGACGAUGGGCUGUGUCCACGAUGUACAGAGUACCAGAUUCUGGAUUUGAUCUCGACAAUUCAUGUGGAAGAUCGACUGGUGCAGGCACGUCGACUGGCCGGGCUCAAGGGCACCCAGACUUUGAUACUAGGCUCAUUGAAGUCUCUAUCUCUCUCAGGAAGCUGCCCUCUUUGUCGCCUUAUCUUUCGUGUAUUUCCUGAUCUUGCCAACGAGACGGAUUUAACAACAGUUUACUAUAUCCACGCGCUGCCCAGCUACGAGAGACUGUUUUCGUUAGCAAAGAAGGCCACGGAAAGCCAGAAAGAGCGAUAUGCAAUUUAUCUUUCCGUCGAAGAUAAAGUCACAUCGAUGAAUAUCCGGGUCGGGAAUCAGCGAAAUCCUCGUAUGGGCAUCAUUGAGCAGGUAUUCCGAGCCUUUGCCCUAUCAUCUAAUAAUCCGGUCCCCCAUCGCGAUGCGCUAAAUGCACGACGAUCGGACCGACUGGCCAACUUCUCGAUGAUGAGGAAUUGGCUGCAUCGAUGUGAAUCCACACAUGCGUCCAACUGUCAACCGGUUUGGAGCGAGGAGCUUUCCUCGACGCGGAUGGUGGAUGUUCACACGAGGACUGUCGUACCAUACCCCCCUGAUUGUCGAUACAUAGCUUUGAGCUACGUCUGGGGAGGAGUUGAGGCACCCGGAAUAGAGAAGUUGGAGAAUCAUCAAUUGCCCCAGACGAUUGAGGACGCCAUCAAGGUGACUUUGGAAAUGGGCAUUCGAUUUCUCUGGGUGGACAUGCUCUGUGUUGAUCAGCAGGAAACACACCAGCAAGCACAGCAAAUUGCCAUGAUGGACAGGAUCUACCAGGGGGCCACAAUUACCCUCGUCGCGCUGAGCGGUGAUGACGCCGAUAGCGGUUUAGCCGGAGUGAGCGAGAAGAAUCCUCGAGUCCAGCAAGGAAUGGAGGUGAUCGAUGGAGCCGAGUUCUUGACUGUGCCUCCCACGGUCGUCCAGGAAGCGGUGACUUCAAGAUACGCCAGACGAGCCUGGACAAUGCAAGAAGAAGUACUAUCCCAUCGCCGACUUUUCUUCAUGAAUCAUCAGGUUCAUUUCCAAUGCAACUAUGCCAGCUUCUACGAAACUGUCGACGACACCGUCGACCCGGCGCAGUAUCUCCUCAACUACAGUGCAGAGUAUGAUGCCACUCGGGCAUUUAACAUUCAAGGUAUCCGGCAGGAGUGCUCACCGGAACGGUGUUUGGAGAUAGGCGAGGCCUUGAACCGCAGCUAUCUAGAAGAAUACACCAGCCGCCAAAUGACCAAUGAUAUAAAUUCUCUCGACGCUUUUAAAGGAUUGCAGAGCUACCUGUGUCGCAAUCUCUUCAGUAACGAGUUUGUCUGGGGACUUCCUCUCCAGGACUUCCCACAAUCACUUCGGUGGUUUCACCAUCGCAAAUCCAAGCCCCGACGCCGUCCCCAGUUUCCCUCGUGGUCCUGGGCUGGUUGGGAGGGAGAGGCAGUAUACUCAAACGGUCUGAAUCUUUCCAAAACAAUCGACCACUGUCACCACAUAGAUAAACGAGUCGACAUGAUACCAAAGUUCAUCAGCAUCGACGGUCAUGUCUUGACACUCGAGGCCAACAUAGCCCGAUUGGAAAUCCGCACCAACCCGUUCAGUGAGGCGUUUGUUCCUGAAACGGGGCUCUACCUUGGCCGAAUGAGGGAGAGAGACUUUCAUCAUCCUACUACUCUCCCGUCAGGGGUAUUUGACUUUCUGGUAGUAGAACUAUUUCACUACCGAAGGGUGCCAAACGGUGAAAUUCGUUCUGAUGUUUACCUUUUGCUGCUGGACUCGGAGGAUGGCAUUUACAUUCGAAGGACCAAGGUGCGGAUAUGGCUGGACCCUGGUAUGGAUUUCAUGAGUGUGAAGCCUAGGUUAGGCGAGGUUCGACUGAAAUAGACAGACGAUGAACGCAGUGUAAGAGAAUGUGAUAUCGGGGUAUGUAUAUAACGGCUUGUAUGCUUAUCAUUGAUUGUGUAAAGAUACUGAUACUUAUAUGUACGGAAUAGAGCUACAAAUCGGGUCCUGCUACCAUCCACACAUGAACAUCAACAUAGCUUUGCAUGUCUUUGAACAGUCAAAUCAUUUUAUCCAUUUUUGUCUCCAUAAAGUCGAUAGUGAUAGAGAAUGCCUAGGCUACAGCGCGCGUGGGAAAACAAAGGACCGACACAGCGCAUUAUGCAGGAUAGUGACACCUCAACCUUUUCUUCAACCUAUGUUAAUCAGAAUAUAAU